CCUCUUUUCCUCGGGGGAGGGAACCCGUUCACCGCAGUCAAGCUACGUCCCACAGUCACCAAUGACCGCUCAGGCCCAGUCAUCUAAACCUCCAGACCCACCCUCCUGUCCACCUCUACACAGGAGCGGCACCUCCAGCUGGGCAUCACCCCAUGCUCUCCCCCCUCCUCCUCCAGGCGGAUGGACCCAGGGCCGGACACUAGUGGACAGGACAACUUGACACUGUGGGCUGCUGUGCUGAAGAUCCAGUAAUUUCACUACUACAGAUGCCAUUAGAAAUGACAUUGUCUAAUACACAGUUGCCCUACUGCUGCAAACGCUCUCCCUGAGAAGGUGGGAUUUAUUUAUGUAAACAGAUGCACAUAUAUAGAUUUUCUAGACCUAUUUUUGUCGGCGAUGAUGAGUGGCGACAUACUACAUGCGUUCUCGCUGGGCGUGUGCGAAAAGGAGUCGAGGAAAGCCUGAGAUUGGGCCGUUGAAAUAUCAGAAUGUAUUUAUGACAAUUUUCUUUUGCUUGUUCAAUCACUCGUCAAAGAUUUUUCGUUGCCAUAGGGCAGUAGAUAAAUKAAUGUAUGCAAUACGGGCCCUAUGCAUMACAAUUUACGGAGGUCCUUAUGGUWGUGUUGCUCUUGUUAUUGUUGAUGUAUCUCCAAUAUGAUAUGUAAAAUUGCAUUGUUGCUAUCAUUACUAAAGACCAACAGCUGGCGACUGUCGAAUGUAACUAUACUCAUUCAAGGGAAGCGCACACAUCGUUUCUUCCCYUCAACUCCUUCCAAGAAGUGUACAACGAAUUUGAUUGGUUGAGUGUGUCAUUGUCAUCUUGCUGAUUGGUUUUACAGUUAAGUGUUCAUACAGUGCUGCUGUUACUAGUGGAAGAUGUGAGACCUGUUUACCUUAACUCUAUAUACCAACAGUAAUCAUUCUGUGAAACGUCUCUCACCUGUCUCUGUUAUUCAAGUAGCCCGGGUCAUGUUCAUUAGGCACCAAAUGGAAGAAAGCAGACUGAAACCUUUGAGGGAAUGUUUCUUAUUGUUUGAUAAGAAAUGUUCAACUGUUUUAAAAAGUUGUCCAUUACGUUUCCUAAUGAAUAUGAGCCAGUAGUGCUGUGAACAUACAUUUUUAAAAGGACAUGCUUAAAUGGAACUCAUAACGUCCCAUAGACCGUGCAGCCAUUUUGCAGUUAUCUUCAUGCUUCAUUGAAGGCAUUUUCAACCUAGUGGCUAAUUUUAUCAUUUUUCUUUGGUCUGCCUUGCCUACUCCCUGAGUUUGAACGUUGCUGUAUGAAAAUAAACAAAUAUACACUGAACAAACAUGUAAACGCAGCAUGUAAAGUGUUGGUCCCAUGUUUCAUGAGC